GUACAACUGUAAACUGAAAUAAUGAUAGAGAUAGUGAAUAACUGAAGGAAGUAUUUAUUGGCUUUCAGUAACACCAUCACCGACUCCAACACGAACCACAAAAGCACGAAACUGUCUCCACAAGAUGAGGAAAUAAGGAGCGCGCGCAGGGAAACGGUGCCCGCCAUUGCAAAGAACGAGAACCCACUAUACCCACGGCUCGGUGUGGAGCUAUAAAGCCCUCUGCUCUCUCACCACAACUGAUAACACGCGAGUUGGAAUCGAUCCCAACCCGUUGCGGCAUCGGUGUUUAUUCGAGUCGACUCUCGCAGAGCAACGGGUUUGCUCCUCGCACAACAAUAAGAGCAGGCACGACCAUGCACCAGCACCACACUACCUUCCCGGGACCUGGAUCAUCCGCCCCCGAUCCGAGUUCAUCGUCUAGCGGAAGUACAGGCAGCGCUUCAUCGAACAACGUCGCCGCGGCGACUGCAAUUGAUCGCUACUCCGACCUCCCCGCAGGCUCCCAGCUGGUGCAAGAUGCGCAGCUGCUCCAGCAUCAGCAACCACAGUAUAAUGCUUCCAUGAGCUCCUUCCCUGCCCCGUCAACGCUGACAAAUCCACCGACGGGGUUUCACAGCGCUGGACAGUUACCUCCACACCAUCACGGACAGCAGCAUCAGCAAGAUCCUUUCCCGCACCACCACGAACUGCAAAUCGCAGCGAUGCAAGGUGUUCGCUUGCACCCGCAGACCAUUCCAAUUCCAGACACACACGCACAGCGACAGCUGGCAACACUUACCGGAGCUGCUCCUGCGGGUCGUGGGUUUCUGUUCUCUAGUGACCCGCGCGUGGCGGAGGUGUGGACGAACACUGGGUCGACGAUACAGCCCAGCAACAACACGGCGUUCCACCCGAACGUGGCGAACGCGAUGGCGACGGUGGGCGCCGGAGGUUCUUUCAUCUUCAACAACGCCACUUCUCAUGACCCGAAUGCUAUGCAAAUCAGCAGCGACCAGGACGACCACCUCGCGUCGAGUAGCAGGACUCUGGUUGCGUGUGGUUCGUCGGGGUCUUCGUCCUCCCAAACCAGCUCUGCUGUUCCGCCGACUCCAGGGACGCAUCCCGCGUCCUUUGGGCACCAGAUAUUACUACAUGCAAAACUGUGACCACAGACACCACAACCCGCCGUAAGCACGUUUACUAUAGUCCUCUAUGCACUGCAAAUAAUUAAUUUGUCUGGGUGUGGAAACCCAGUCUUGUGAUGCUGAUUUGAUUGCUGCCGAUUGCAACGCUUGCCCCCACGGCAGCCGAGCAUGACAAGUUUUUGAAGCGCUUUCUCGUUCUGAUUUCUAGCAGCACGCAUUGUGAAUGACGGCGGAGGCGGCUGCUCUUCUGCUGCUCACGCAACACAGAUUUUUUAGGAAUGCAAGACACCCUUUACAAGUUCAAGCUCUACUUUCCCAGACCAAGACAUGAUAUCCUCAAUACUGAGACAAUACUUAGUGAGAAUUGGAAUUCUUUUUCUUCUGUGAUGCAUUUACAUUUACUAAUAAUCAUAAGUCAUGCAGUCGCUCUUCAUCAAGAUCAAGAAAUUAUAUGUAUAGCUAUAGAUCUUGUAUUGAUCGACGAGAGCAAUCGUAUAGUAAUAUGUACAUUUUCGCGCCGGCGACAUGUGGCAGCGUCUACCUGUCUAUGUACAUUUAGCUUAGCUAUUUACCCUACUCUGAAGAAGGACAAACUCAGUUUCAAAUUGAUCAGUCGACUGCUAAGUAGAUGGCCGCAGUUUUGGUUAGGAUUGGAUAAGGCGCCGCGCCGGGAGCCGUGGUGCCGCAGUUUCACAUCAGCGAAGGCACCACCCUCAUGCUCAUGCAGCACCUAGACGAACGGGACGAGCGACUGCGCCAAGAAAUGCGGGGCAUUCAACAGGUGUCAAUGCAGCACACCGACCGGCGAGUCGCAGAAACCGACCAGCGAGUCGCAGAAACGCAAAACGAGAUGCAGACUAGAUGGAACGAAUUGCAAAUGCAAAUCACGGCCAUUCGCGGGCAGCUGGCGGAGCAGGCAGCCCGAAGGAGGCAGCAGGAAGAUGAAGCGAUCAGGGACGACUUGACGGCGCUGGGCGGCCCUGCGAUGGCGUUAAGCGCGGAAAUCGAAAACGUGCAUACAAAUGGUAAUAUUUAUAGAGUAGCUGAUAAUGAUUGAUGAAGAUCAAGAUUUUAUAUAUCAUGCCAUGAUGUGCCGACACUCUCUCACAGCAACUGCCGGGAACUAAAUGCAAAAAAAAGCACAUUCAUGUGGUUUUUGUCUCCUGGGUACUUAUGGCUGGAAGCAAGGUUUGAAAGUUAGUAACCAAGCUUGGCGGGGCUGAAAGGCGUCAAGAAGAAACAAGUUGUCAAAUUACAUAUGAAACACAGCAAACCGCCCCAUCAUUGCCGGAGCGGACAUGGCUGCGAAUCCAGAAAACGUCAUUUAUGGCAACUCGAACCUGGAUUUUCUCCGCACUUUCUACACGACAAUCAUGCAACGGCACGGGCUGGGUUUAUUAUUUGUUCCAGACGAGGACGCACAGGAGAUACACGGGACCAUCGAGGCUUUUUCGUGCGCAUUCGACAGGCGUACUAAAAGUUAUUCUCCUUGAGUAUUCAAAAGCGUCAUGUUACAACAGAGUUUUUUGUCCUAGUUUGUCUUGGUUGUCUGCCUAUCAGGAAUCCAACUUGUCAAGUCACUCACGUCCUGAUCAGAUCACGACCAAAGAUGCACUAAACAAAGUCACUUUUAUACAACUAUCAGACCACGAAGACUUCGAAGCCGAUGCAGUCCAGCAAAGAGCGAGCGAUUGUUUAGUGGUUCUCAUCCGUUUGCGGAAAUUCUACGAGCAUCCGGGCUUGCUAAACUUCGACGUGGCCAUAGGAAUUCGCCACCUGCGGGAGUACUAUACUGGUUUCUGUUGUAUGGCAUUUUUUCCAACCCUCCCUUGCUUGUUAUCAUCAUGUUGGUCGAAGGGGCAGUUGCAGUACCAGUGGCUGUCCGCAGAUGAUUUGAGACGCAUGCAUCCGCAUGAACAUGAUGGCCGGGCAGUGAUCACUUGGGCCCGUACCAACACUAUUUGCAGAUUGAUGCAACAGCAACACAAUAAAUAUCAGAUUGGUGGAGCGCCUGCUCGGACACUUCGACAAUCUGGUGGAGGGGCCCAAUCAGGGGCGUGUAUUGCAGGACGUGCUAGAUGAGGUUGAUGCUGAAGCUGAUGCCUAUGAUCCAUGGAUCAUACCCCUCGCGAACCUUACCGCGGAACGGGUCGCCUGAGCAGGAGACGCAGAGGGAAUCAGAGUCGUAAUUGAGCAUAUGAUAGAUGCUGUCUGUUGCGCUCCUUUCCGCGUCCGUGUUGGUCUUCAGUCGUUUGAUGGAUCGGCUACUCAAGUUGAAGUGUAUGAUAUCUCUAUGUCAUUGAAGACGACAAAUGCACAACAGUGAAACUACCCAUACCAAUACGAAAAAGCAUUAGAAGGAUUUUUUUCGCCUGUCAGGUAAUGUCAUAUACAUUCAACAUAUUGAUAUAGCAUAUGUUUCACAUCAUUUUUAUUUUUUUUGACUGGCCAGCCCCAGCUUUGAUAUCAGCAUGGAAGUUCUUCACUUUCAACAAACUCUGUCGAUGUGGGGUUGAAAUUAGAAGGCUGGCAUUUGCUUUUGCCGUUUCUUUCAUUAGGUUUCUGUUAUUGUUUCUAGCAAAGCAGCGCGAGCUACAUUCUCGGGAUCGGGAACGUGACGCAACGAGAUGCAGCUUGAAGCUGGGAAUAUUGAUAUCGCAAACGCAUGUUGAAAGCGCUCUCUGCUCAUGAAGUCGAAUGAUGGUCGACGUGUAUGUAAUAUAUGCAAACGGGCGCCCAAGCCCGUGUCUCCAUGCUCUCAUGCUCUGUUCG